CCCGGCGUGGCCCUUUCUUCUCCCUGCUGCGUGCUGCUUCCCCCCCUUCUCUCCCCAGCAGAGAAAUUCUAGCUGGGGGCGCCGGCCUCUGCAAUUCCCCUUGUUCACCAGGCAAGCCGCGGCCGGCGGGAAUGGACUCCGGGAGCUCGGUGCGUUUCGGCCACCAGGACGUGGCGGCUGCAGGCGGCGUGCACCCAGGUAACGGCGCUCACCCGGCGCUCCCUGGCGCGGGCAUGACGAUGCCCGCCGGCAUGGCCUCGCUCCUGGUCGGCCGCCUCGGCAUGCAGGCGCCGCCCGGCGUGGUUCUGCCCGGAGGAGCCCUGACAUCCGCCGGGUACGGCGGCAUCAUGUCCAGCGCUCUGCGCGCCGCCUGGAGCGGGGCUCAGCAGAAGCAGCCGCCGCAGCCCCAGCAAGCGGUCGGCGGCUACAGGGCGCACCAGCACAAGGGCCCCUGGACUGAGGCCGAGGACGUAAUCCUGAGGGAGAUGGUGAUGAAGCACGGCGACCGGAAGUGGGCGGUGAUAGCGCAGUCCCUCCCCGGGCGCGUGGGCAAGCAGUGCCGGGAGAGGUGGACCAACCACCUGCGCCCCGACCUCAAGAAGACCCUGUGGACCGAGGAGGACGACAUGGCGCUGAUCAAGGCGCACAAGCGCUGCGGCAACCACUGGUCGACCAUCGCCACUUUCCUGCCCGGGCGCUCGGAGAACGCCGUGAAGAACCACUGGAACGCCACCAAGCGAAGCCUCAAGGCCAAGCGCCGCCUCAAGAAGAAGAACAACGCGCAGCAGGUGCCUCCCGGCCAGUGGUCCGUCCUCGAGGAGUACAUCCGCAGCGUGUACCCUGACCUCGCCGACGGCGCCGCCCCGACCCCGCCGCCGGAGGAGGACUCAUCCCCUCCGUCGUCCUACAACAACCUUGGGUCCUACUCGUACGGCGGAGAGGUGAUCAGCAGCCCACAAUCCUCUGCUGCCGCCGCCGCUGCUGCUGCUGCCGCCGUCGCCGCCGCCGCGGCACCGCCCGGCGCCGCCUUCGACCAGCUGACUGCGAUGGGGCUGUACCUGGGCGCGUCGUCGUCGUCCGCGCCGCCGUCGGCCAACCUGGGCGCGAUGAACAUGAACUCCGACGCCGUGGCGCCGUUCCUGCAGCUGGACCUCAACACCUACUACGGCGCGCCGACGAUGCAGCUCAUGCCUCCCAUGGGGCCGCACAUGAUGGAGCAUGACCACCACCACCAACAGGCUGCUGCUUCCUACGCCGCCGCCGCCGCGGCCAACCUGAUCACCUACCCCUUCGUCGACAACAUGAUGUGGCAGUCGCCGUUCGCCGUCCACCAUACCAGCGCCGCCUACGGCGGCGGCGACGCAUCUGGUGCCGGCCCCAGCAAUGCAGCAGGCGCCGCCGUUCCGGACGACGUCGACGUCGUUCAGAUGGCCUCCAGGGAAUUCCUGACUCCGUCGGAGGACGAGGUCACUCUCGACCUGGCCAGGUUCCAUUGAACACAGCGCAGCAUCAUCAGCUAGCUCGUCAAAAGGGCGUGCCAGUUUGUUUACUGCCGUCGUCGUCGUCGUUCCUUUGUUGUAUCUUUACAUGUUGUACUAGAAUUUUAAUUCCCCAGAGAGAAACCGUUUUUCGUGUAAUUCCCGUUCAAUAAUUUGGACCUCCCAUGGAUCGGACCAUGUUUGUACUGUUUCAAUUCCUAAGCUUAAUUCGAAAUUUGCUUCUGUA